UAAACCCACUACCUCCUGCUUCACUACUCCUACCUCUCCUAUAAACCAUCAAACGACGUCUACUCCUAUUCCCAUGGUACAAACGCUUACUCCUACAUCAGCAUCAUCCAUCACUUCAUCUCCCGAUGCUAUGGUUGACACCGACUUUUGUCGUUUCUAUACAUUUUAUCAAACUUUCCAAGAACAAGCAAAUAAGGAUUACGAUUGCUUCCAGUACAUCUGGCGAAUCAACAAUUCAAACCGCGCCAAUCACUAA